CUGUUUCAGAUCUUUAUUCAUAAAGAAUUAAAGGAUUUGUACAAGUAUGUUCCUCAAGAAAUGAUGCCGAAGGAAUACGGUGGUCAGUGCGGUACCAUGGAGGAACUUCAAGAUCAGUGGACACAGAAGCUAAUAGACUACCGUGAAUGGUUCCAAUCCCAGGAGUCAGUUAAGGCUAAUGAAAGCCUUAGACCUGGAAAACCAACUAACUACGACGAACUCUUCGGUAUAGAUGGCUCAUUUAGGCAAUUGGCUAUUGAUUAA